AUGCCCGAACCCCAACCCGAACGCGCCAGCGCAGUCAGGCACGAUGAUGACGCGCCUCAGGGGCCCGACCAUGCCUCAGACGCAGAGCUCGACUGGGUCUUGGACUUCCAAGUGACAGAAGACAUCCGCAACAUGACCUUGAUGACUCCCCUUUAUUUUCUCCAAACCCACUUUCCCGAGGAGGGCGGAUUCCAACACGUGAAGGGGCCGUUCGGGCGAGAGUUAUGCUACACCGAGACAACCGAGGGCGGCGAGGAGGUGGCGGUGACCAUCCCGGAGGACGAUACGUGGGUGUUCCAGGCCGCGAAGAGAGGCGACCUCCGGGCCAGAGUUGACGGCAUCAGACAGGGCGGUGCCGUGUGCCUCGCCUUGUCCAUGCUGCCACCCGAGUAUCCCGGCAGUGAGGCCGAGCCUGCAAACACAAGCGACGCUGCCUUCGGCGCCGCGAGGCAGGCGCUGCUGGACAUGUUCAAAAAGCUCCAAAACCCGAACUUCGAGGGGUCCAAACCGGUGCCGGACGAGUGGCUGGAGGGUUGCUUGUCCCUGUCCUUGUCCAAAUCCACCAACUCCCAAUCCAACGCCCAUUUCAAGCCAGGGCGCAUCGACUCCGGAGAGCGUGAAGUCUUCGCCGACGGCUUCCCCGGCGUUGCCACGCGCGAGGAGUUCCUUCCGAGCUUCGCCGAGCACCAAAUCGGAGAUAACCAGACUUCUUUUUAUAGUCUACGCAAGAGGGCCUUGGAAUUACCGCUCGCCGCUUUUCAGUCCGCCUUCCCUAAGGAGGACGGAUUUGGGUACUCGGACGCGGGACCCCUUGAGCGAGAUCUCCGGCCUCCGUUGCCAACGCCGUUUGGGGUCGUGAACGGAGGCGGCCCGGGUCCGGGAACGCGAACGCGUUCCGGCCCGGCAAAACUUCGGGCGAGCGGUAGCCCGUGCUCGCUGAGUCAUCAAUUGCUUGUGGAGCGGAUGCGAUGGAACGUCAAGAAGCGUUCUCUCGUCAUUUCCCAUCUCACCCACUUCAAGUUGGAGCCCGACCGUUGA